AUGGCUAGUUCAGUGGGUAAUGCACAACCCAAUCAAGGUCGCCGAUUGUCCAUCACCACCUUGGGACUCGCUGGAUCUCCGAACCAAACGUCCCCAUGGGGAAGCAAAAGCAUGCGGCAUGGCAGCAUUUCCAGCUCAGUGGAAUCCGGUACGGCAAAUCUAGAAGACGCUGUCGCUGAAGACAGCGCGAGUGGCGGGCCAUCUAGUGCCGCUCCUCACUCUCCAUUCGCGCGACGUCUUUCUUUUGGCGCGCAGGCGCUACGAGAUGCUCGUGCUGGCAGCAUCAGCAAUGGUAGAUAUCCUUCCCCAGGAAUUCCUGUGUCUAGCAGGCGACGUUUACCGCCCACAUGUAGCAAAAGCUUCCAUAGCCCCACAGAGUCAACUGUUGCAAGUACAAAUGUCGUUCUUCCCGAAAUCGAGAUGUCUAACGUGGCUUGGAGACAAAUAGGCGAAGGCUUCAACUGGUCUGAAGCCCUGCGAACCCGGGCCGAGCGUGCCCCAUCCUUGGGAAUAACUUCACCCAACGCCCCUCAAACCCAGCCCUUAACCGGCUCCGGCCAGCAAUGUCACCAUCAGCGGGCUACCUCAAUUGCUUCGAUGGAGCAACCGGCUCGCGAAAUUCCCAAGCAACCCAAACAGAAUAAGCCUGAUUUUUUUCAGGAGAAGAUUCUCCGCGGCGAUUUCAUGGAUUAG